GGGGAGGCGAGAGGAAGGCCGGGUCGGGGCCUGACGGGCCCCCGGCGGGGCCUGGGCUCGGUUCUUGAGGACGUGGCCGGCCGAGUGGAAGUGCAGCGUGACGAAUUGUUUAGACCGGUGUUCCCCAAGCUUUUAAAAGCGUAAGUCAGGAAAAAGAAACUAGCGUAGUCCGCUUGAAGCCUUGAUAUAAGACGUAAAACCUUCCUUUAUUCUUGCGCUUCCGCUCUCUGCGUGGACCCCUCGCUUUUCGGGGGCGAGAUGCAGGAAGGGUAGGCCUCCGUAACCUGUUGGCUGCUGGGGUGAGACCAGAGGCAUAGUUCAGUAGUACAGAAAAAUGAGUAUUAGGGCUCUGAUUGCAGGUUGAACUGCGUUGCGGCCACCUAUUGCAGGUGUCGGGUCACUACAGACUCGCUCCACCAGUUCAGCUUUGUUGAAAAAAUGUUGACGUGUUAGUCAUUAGGUAUUUUCUGCCCUUCUGCAGCUGGCUUAAACGUGUAAAUCCAAUACAAAAUGCCUGUCAUCUGCUCUGACUUCUCAAAAUGCAGUCACGCGCCCUUGCUUUGUCUGGAUCAAGUUUGUCUUGCCGGGUGAUCCACAAGCGCACAGAUCUGCUAGGAACCACAGCCUGUUACGUACAGCUGCUAAUUCCGGCUGUUCUGUGGGAGAUCCCACAUGCGCGGCUCUUUAUCCCAUUGCGUAGUUUCGUGUCGCUUUGCGAACAUGCUGGGGCUGGUGACAAUGCCUUAUUGCAGCCUAAGAAAGCUAUUUUCCUUUGGUUCCUUCUACAGCCAAAGCGGAAAGAUGUAAUUCGGACCCAAAGUGCAAUUUGGCUGUAGCCUGCCACAGGAGCCUGUUCCUCACUAACUGCAGACCUCAGCCAAGUGAGCAACAGUGAAUAGUCUGUCAGUGCAACUUUGGGGCCAGUACUACUCUAGGAAGAAGUGUUUCAGGUCACCUUAGUGAGAAAGCUGUUGUAAGUCUCUGCAUGCUAGCAUCCGUAUUCUAAUCUACAAUGAGAAAAGGAAAAAGCUUUUGGCCUUACAACCCUUAAAAACAGGCAUCCAUGCUGGAAGUACUUUUUCUAGUGGUAGUGGUUGUCUAAAGUGUCGUAAGUGAAUUAAAAUCAGAUACGUGAAUUACAUUGCAUUUCCGUGGGCAAGCAGAACUCUUCAGGUUUAUUCUGCAUUUUGCCUACCGUAUUUGAGUGGAGAGCACUAGGCAGUUUAACAGAAGUUCAUAGGUGUUAAUUUGAUGUAUAUUACUUAUUACAUUUACUGAAUUUUAUUGUAACAAGUAUGUUACCGUACAUGGGAAGAAUUUUACUUCUGAUUGACUGCAGCUAUGUGACUCUGUGCUUUCUAUGCACCACCACAUAUUUCUGCGUUGGGUGCAAUAGAUAAAGGAGAGUCUUCUGUUAGCAUUUGGUUCUUCAGAAAAACACAACAUUGUUUUCUCUGCAGCUGUGUUGGAGAAGGGUUUUCUACCUUGGUGAAGGUAUACUGGACCUGAAAGUGUUGACCUGAAAGCUGCUUUUAGGAUGUCUGAAGAUGAUGAAAAAGUUAAACUCCGUCGAAUUGAACCUGCCAUUCAGAAAUUCAUUAAAGUGGCAAUUCCAACAGAUUUGGAAAGGUUAAGAAAACACCAAAUAAAUAUUGAGAAGUAUCAGAGAUGCAGGCUUUGGGACAGAUUGCACGAAGAGCACAUUAACGCAGGACGAACAGUUCAGCAACUUCGUGCCAAUAUGAGAGAGAUGGAGAAACUCUGUUUGCGAGUCCGACAGGAAGACAUCCCAGUUCUGCAGCGAAUGAUAAAUCCUGUUAAAGAGGAAGCUUCAUUUGCCAUAAAAGACUUCCUGCAGCUCCAUUCUGAAUCUGCAGAAGAACUUAAAAGGCAACUUGAAGGACAGGAGGAUGCCUCUUUAACAAGAUCUGCAACUGUAGGAGGAGAAACUUUAUAUAACAAGGAAGUGAAGGACGGCUCCCAAAGUUUAAUCCAGAUCUACUCCCGCCUUCCCGAAAUACCUCAGGAAGAAAAUGCAGCUGAGUCCUGGGAAACUUUAGAAGAGGACUUGAUUCAGCUUAGCCAGUUGGUGACUGAGUUUUCUCUCUUAGUCAGCUCUCAGCAGGAGAAGAUUGACAGGAUUGAAGACCAUGUCAACAGUGCUGCUGUGAAUGUUGAAGAGGGAACCAAAAACUUGGGGAAGGCUGCAAANUACAAGCUGGCAGCUCUGCCUGUGGCAGGUGCAGUCAUUGGUGGAGUGGUGGGGGGUCCUAUUGGUCUCCUUGCAGGCUUCAAAGUGGCAGGAAUUGCAGCUGCACUUGGUGGUGGGAUUUUGGGUUUCACAGGUGGAAAAUUGAUACAAAGAAGAAAAAAAAAAAUGAUUGAGCAGGUCUCUUCCAGCUGUCCAGAGCUUUCUCGCCAAAGUGCCAAAAAAUCCAGCUGAAGUAUUAGAAUCAUUAUGACUAGGAACAAAAGCGUAGUAGGCGCGCUAAUGACAGACUUGCAGCCUUAUGCUUUAAAUACAAGGCUGAGUUAUGUGAAUUUUGACAGCAGUACUGCUACUUGGGAGAGGUUAAACAGUAUUUCUCUUUUCAGAUGUGGUGACAUCAUUGACAAUUAUAUGGAUAACUUUUAAUUAUAAAAUCCUUAGGUGAGCUAUGUGCACAGCUGUAAUGAUGGGUGAUGGGUGCUUCAUGCCAAAUUUGCACAUGUGUCUUGCAGACAAUACAGAGAUAGUUGGAAAACACUAGUGCUUUCCCAUGGGUGCCACCCAAAAGCUGGAGCUUUUAUUAUAGAGCUCCAAAGAAAAGGAAAUAAGUUCCAUCUAUCUUUCAUGGUCAUAGUACUUUAAGUUUACUUUCAUUUAUCUGGAAUCCCAAACUCCUCCUGUGUAUACCCCCAGGGUAUGACUGACUAUGCCUGUUCAAUAACACGCAGGGAAGUGUUAGCUGCCAUAAGAAAAGAUGAAAAUGCUGGGUGAGCAAUGUGGAAAAAAACCUUAUGUAUAUCCCACAUCUGCCUCCAUGAGCCAAAUCAGAUCAGCCUUAUAAACAGCUUUUCCUCUUUUUCAGGUACUUUUUAAAAAAAAAAAAAUUGUUAAUCCCUCAUCUUGUUCAAAGUGUAGUUAAGAAUUAAACAAUCUAAGCAGCAACCCAGCAGGACUGCUACUGGAGAAUAAUUAAUUUUCCAUGGCUGUUCAACUCCUUGGCUUGUCCUGAGAACACCGUACAGGAUGAAGUGCCAAGCUCUGGCAUUCUGAGCCUGAAGCCUCAGUUUACUCAGCAGUGCUUACUGCUAGAUGUUGCCCUUGCUUCUCAUCUCCUGUCACCAACAGUGCUCUGGUGGGAGAGCUAAAUCGCUUCCCUGGAAGCGGUGCCACAGCCAGGCCCACACCCUCAAGGGUGGCAUUAGGCACCAGGUCAAAGGAUGGUGAAGCAGUGAGGCUCUUUAAAUGGUGCCAGUGGCAGCUGACAUCCCCAGAUGAAGGGAGUAUUUUGAAAAUGUCAACUUGAUACUGUUUACAGUAAGUAAACCAUGCUUGUUUGGGUCAGCUGCACACCUCUUGCAUACUGUUCAGUUCCCAAACAUCUCCUUCCACCCACACUGCAGAGUGGCUUCUCAGCCUUCUCAAGAUUUUGGGAUAUGCUGUAGAGCCUGUACAGGGUGAGGUGCUGCUAGUGCUUUUGCUAGCCUUUUAUAGUGGAUGCCUGUUAUUCUUGCCAUCCUUAUUUUGCUGCUUAAGCAACCUUUUGCUUCUGAAACUUCCAUUGUUAAAUACAGAAGCAUUAAUGUGUUUUUAUUGCCACAUAAUCGUACUGUUGUCACAUAAUCUACUAUUCAGCACAUGGUCCUACCUCCAUCCCUCCAGGACAAUUCCCACACUAUUGCUGCUGCUGUUUGGGGGAACAGAAAUUGAGGUUGGGAAGCUGCUUUUUAAAGUUUUUAGAUUGUUCAAUUCAUCCUGAGCUCUGCUUGAGUCCAGUUUUAUUAGGUGAACACUGAAGUCAGUGUUUAGUGAUAAGGCUCCCUAGCAGGGAACACUGUAUAAGGAGCAUACUGUAGAAAGAGCUCCCUUUUAGUAACCAGUACUUUGAUGUCAUCUUUGGAAAUAACUGUCUACUAAUGACAGAUGAUAGGUUUUUGUGCCUAGAGACACUGUAAGCAACUGUUAGUUACAGCACAAAUAUCUUUUUCUGAACAGUUCUUCCUUAUUACUUUUAAAAUAUGAUUGAAAUUGCAUUGUGUCUAUUUUAAGUAGGUCUGAGGCUCAGGGAAGCAACGUGUGCAAGAAUAGCUUUCAGAAGUAAUCGCAAACAUUGUCAAAACUGUAUGUGUUAAAGCCACAGUGCCUACAUCUGUAAAAUCAGCUGGAGUGGAAAACAUGACCCAAGUAAUUCAGCUCAUUUGCUCGUGUCAAGCAAAAAGCACUUUUCUUUAAAUGCAUCUACUUUGGACGUAAACACGUUUAAUGAGCUUGUAACAACUUCAUACUAAGGCUGUUCAUUCCUUUGAUUUGUAAUUUCUACAUUUAAAGGAAGAAACUAAGAAAAACAAAGUCUUCUUAAUCAGAAACUGUGGUUGAUUCUUUGUAUGAUUUUAAAAAGCCAUGUCUGCUUUCCUGCUGUAUGCUUUGAAACCUUGUGCAUUUAAAUGACAGCAGCCACAUCAGACACAUCGUGGACUCCACCCUGUCCCCCCAAGCUGGACUAAUGCCAGGACAAUCUAAAUUCAUAAAACUGAAUUCCUGCUACGGUUUAUACAAAUACAGCUUGGUCUGCACUCAUUUUAUGAAAUGUCUAGCACAAAACCUAUUCUUCUUCCUUGCAUCUUUAAGGAAGCAAUUUCAAAACAUUGUGUAUACACUAGACUUAGGAGACUAU